UUAAAAAAAGAUACCAAAGCCUACUCCACCUAUAAAUCCUGGAUUAUUUUUUUAGGGCAGACAGCUCUGAAUUUUCCAAAAGCGGCUACAAAGAAAGGCAAUGAUCAACAAAAACAAGGAAAUAACCGCAACAUACACGCCGCAGUCCUCUCUAGGUUAAAAAAUAAAGUAGGCUAUCGGUGAUAGUUUAAAAAAUGAGCACUUAUGUUGACAGCUGCAAUCUCAGGCAAACAAGCGAGACAACUUCUCCUAACACUAUGUUUAGUUUCGAUCUUUCUGGGCGCACGUCCAGCCGCUAUGAGGGUGUUAAUGUGAACGGGAUAUUCACUUGUCCCGUCCCCACGACCUCUGUUGAACGGGAGGAGAUGAAAACUAGCCUGCGUGGCAAUACGGAUACUCCUCUCCCGUCAGGACCACAGAUAACCAUGGUCUCCAGUAGCUCGUCCGUGGACGCAAGCGGGCUCAGCUACUGCAGCAGCGCGCUGCUGGGACGAGGGGCAGACAGAGACCCGGAGAGGAGCGCAAAAUCCGGCGGCAACAAGAGCCAGGAGAGCGAGAGAAACGCGGAGAACACGCAAACGGUGAAACGACACACAAAUGUGAACCAGCGUCAGGACAGUGAGCAGCGGCCACAGAUUUAUCCAUGGAUGACAAAACUGCACAUGAGCCACGAAUCGGAGGGUAAGCGGUCCAGGACCAGUUACACCCGCUACCAGACUCUGGAGCUGGAGAAAGAGUUUCACUUCAACCGGUACCUGAGCCGCCGCAGGCGCGUAGAGAUCGCCCACACCCUGUGUCUAAACGAGAGGCAGAUCAAAAUCUGGUUCCAGAACAGACGAAUGAAGUGGAAGAAGGACUCAAAGAUCAAAGUGAAGGAAUAAAAAGUGCAUCAGAGAGCGGGGUGCAUGCAGCACGUUUUCAGCCCCACGUUGCACGGUGCUGGAGUGCCGCCUGACCUCCGGAUGAACUGCUUGGAGCAAUGACAUCAUGACACCGCUCUGUGUGCUUCAUCACCAAUUAUGUGUCACUUGCUGCAGUUUGGGACCUAAUGUAUUGAAUAUCACUCACUUUGAUCAAUCGGUUUACAUUUCUAAAUUAAUUUGCUGCCCAUGCGAUGAUAACCUCACUUUGCUGCACGAAGGGGACAAGAGGUUGAGGGGAGCAGGGUCCUUCCCGCUGCAAGGCCUUUGGUCUGCAGUGCACUGAAAGGCGGCACAAUGCUACUAUUAAUCUACGUUUUUAAUUAGGACAGGAGUAGUGGGGGAUGGGUGAUAGCCUGCAUCAUUUCCAACACUAUCAUGAUUCACGUGAUAAAAAAAAAAAGUUUAAGGUCAACGAAUCAAAAUAAAGACAAAAAAUAUGACUGGCUGCUUAAGAGCAACAGCGAGAUAGUUUCCCACCAGUAGAACUACUUUUCCACAUCUUUCUUUUUCCUUGGUAAAUUCACUCUUUAAUAUGUUGCAGUGGUUGGAUGUGUGAUGUGUUCAGUGAGCUAAAAUCUUUGUGAGUGGGUUUCUGUGAAGGCAUCCUCCAUGUUGUGUGUCAUAUCCUUGUGAAUCUAAAUCAUUGUGUAUAAUUCAGCAACUGUAUGUGAUAAUAUUGUGAUGUGCAAUAAAGCCAUUUCUCUCGACCUCUGUAAACUUAAGGCGCCUGGUUCGCACGAGGCCUAAUAACGGUUUACACGAGGCCUAAUAACUGAUAGAUGGCUUAAUUGUCGAUUGUAACCAAUAAAGUCUCAUCAUUAAAAGUAA